GGAGGGGGUGGGAGAAGCGGACCGGGAGCGGUCGGCCGAGAGGAAAGGUUUAGGGUGAGGAAGAAGGGGUUUAAAAUAAACCGAAACCCGGGGUAAAUUAGAAAGAGAAAAAAGGAAACAAAAAAAAAAAGAACAUAACCAACAAAACGGAUUGAGCGGCCGCGAGGAGGUCAGAGGUCGGAGGUGAGGCGGAACCACCGGUGAGCUGGACACAGUGCCUUGGCUGAAGCGUUGCACAUGCUGGAAUUGCCCAACCCCCUGAUGUAUCCCGGGAUGGCAGCUAGGUGACGACAAUUGAGGAUGACCCUGACUGAAAAACUGCGUGAGAGGAUAUCGCGGGCGUUCUACAACCACGGGCUGUUGUGUGCUUCCUACCCCAUCCUCAUCAUCCUCUUUACCGGUCUCUGUAUUCUGGCCUGCUGUUACCCACUGCUGAAGCUGCCACUGCCUGGAACAGGACCUGUGGAGUACAGCACCCCCGUGAAGGAUUACUCUGCACCCUCUCCAGACGCAGGUCUGCAACAAGGGGACCUCAGUGAGCGUCCCGACUGGUAUGUCGGUGCUCCGGUGGCCUACAUCCAGCAGAUCUUUGUGAAAGCUACUGUGUCCCCAUGGCAGAAGAACUUCCUUGCUGUGGAUGUAUUUCGUUCACCCCUCUCCCGCGUCUUCCAGCUAGUGGAGGAGAUUAGAAACCAUGCCCUGAGAGACAGUUCUGGUGUCAAAAGCUUGGAGGAAGUUUGCCUUCAGGUAACAGAUCUUCUGCCUGGCCUCAAGAAGCUACGGAAUCUGCUCCCCGAACAUGGCUGUCUGUUACUGUCUCCAGGGAACUUCUGGCAGAACGACCGUGAGCGAUUCAAUGCUGACCCAGAUAUCAUCAAAACCAUCCACCAGCAUGAACCAAAGACAUUACAAACAUCAGCUACUCUCAAAGACCUGUUGUUUGGACUCCCUGGGAAGUACAGCGGGGUGAACCUCUACAAUAGGAAGCGAGUGGUAUCGUACACUGUCACCCUGGGUCUCCAGCGAUAUGAUUCCAGGUUCCUCAGCAGCCUCCGCUCUCGUCUCAAGCUGCUGCAUCCCAGCCCUAACUGCACGCUGCGAGAGGAGAACAUCGUUCACGUCCACUUCAAGGAAGAGAUUGGCAUUGCUGAGCUGAUACCCCUCGUCACCACCUACAUUAUACUCUUCGCAUACAUCUACUUCUCCACACGGAAAAUUGACAUGGUGAAAUCAAAGUGGGGUCUGGCACUGGCAGCGGUGGUGACAGUGCUCAGCUCUCUGCUCAUGUCCGUCGGGCUCUGCACACUGUUUGGUUUGACACCUACGCUUAAUGGAGGAGAGAUAUUUCCAUACCUGGUUGUAGUGAUUGGCCUAGAGAAUGUGUUGGUGCUCACCAAGUCAGUUGUCUCUACACCUGUUGACCUGGAAGUGAAGCUGCGCAUUGCCCAAGGUUUGAGCAAUGAGAGCUGGUCGAUUAUGAAGAACAUGGCAACAGAGCUUGGGAUCAUCUUGAUCGGGUAUUUCACCCUUGUCCCUGCCAUCCAGGAAUUCUGCCUCUUUGCUGUGGUUGGCCUCGUGUCGGACUUCUUUCUGCAGAUGUUUUUCUUCACUACCGUGCUGUCCAUUGACAUUCGCCGUAUGGAGCUCGCUGACCUGAACAAGCGGUUGCCAGCAGAAGCCUGCCUGCCCCCAGCGAAGCCUGUGAGCCGCUCUCAGCGCUACGAGCGGCAGCCGGCGAUGCGGCCUGCCACCCCCCACACCAUCACCCUGCAGCCCUCCUCCUUCAGGAACCUGCGCCUCCCAAAGAGGCUGCGUGUCAUUUACUUCUUCGCCAGGACCCGGCUGGCCCAGAGGCUCAUCAUGGCUGGGACGGUGAUCUGGAUUGGAAUCCUGCUUUACACGGAUCCUGCUGGUCUGCGCACCUACCUCACGUCACAGGUCACCGAACAAAGUCCUUUGGGUGAGGCAGGUCUGCCUCCAAUGCCUGUUCCUGGAGGGGUCCUACCUGCUGGGGACCCCAAGAUUGAUCUCUCAGUCUUCCCAUCGGACCCAAUACAGCUGUUGGAAAACCAGACACAGCAGCGUGAGCAGAAGUCAGGGCUGGAGUCCCUGAGUAGGCUGGAGACAAACCAGCACACUUGGGCCCAAGGACCAGAGGGCAAAGGGAAUGGACAGACGGAGCUUGGAGCUGAAGCAGAGGUUACCUGGGGAGCAGAGGAUGAGGAGAUUUGGAGGAAACUUUCCUUCAGACACUGGCCAUCCCUCUUCAGCUACUACAACAUCACUCUGGCCAAAAGGUACAUCAGCAUCCUUCCAGCAAUCCCUGUCACGCUGUAUCUGAACCCACAAGAGGCCUUAGAAGUGCGGCAUCCCCAGGAGGCAAACCGCUACCACCCCUUCUUGUCUUCAAGCAGUGGAAAGCUGGAUGCUCAGGCUCAGCCUGACCAAGCCUCAUCCAAGCUGCAAGGGCACCAGGAUGUCACUCUUUACAAGGUGGCUGCUCUGGGUCUGGCCUCGGGCAUUAUCCUGGUGCUCCUGCUCUUCUGCCUGUACAAGGUGUUCUGCCCCAAGAACUACGGGCAGAACGGGAUCUCGCACAGCCGGAGGAAGAGGGGGGACCUGCCCUGUGACGAUUACGGCUACUCCCCGCCCGAGACAGAGAUCGUCCCCUUGGUGCUCAGGGGUCACCUCAUGGACAUCGAGUGUCUGGCGAGUGAUGGGAUGCUGCUCGUCAGCUGCUGCCUGGUGGGCCAGAUCCGUGUGUGGGAUGCUCAGACUGGUGACUGCCUCACUGUCAUUCCCAAACUAAGGUUGCGACGAGACAGCAGCGGCAUCUUUGACUACCAGGAAAGCUGGGAUCCCAGUCCCGAUGGCAAGAAUGGCCUGGACGACUCUUUUGAGAGCAGUCACCAGCUCAAAAGGAUGCUCAGCCCUCCGCAGCCGCCGCUCUUCUGCGACCAGCCAGACCUCACGUCUCUCAUUGACACCAACUUCUCGGAGCAGGUGAAGGUGGCCGAGUCCGAGACGCGGCUCCGCUCGGUGGGCAGUCGCCAGAAGGAGGCCGGGUACGACUUCAGCAGCCUGGUGGGUAAAGCCUAUGAAGAGCACGGCUCCUCCAAUUCCAUGAGCUUCAUGGGCCUCUCAGCCCCGCAUGGACAGGCUGGGUUCUGCACGGGGAGCAGCAGAGCCCGCUCCAUGGGCUGCGGGAGCGAGGAGGGAGGCUGCAGCGCCCGCAGGAGGAGCCUGGGGGACGAGUCUCUUACGGGGUUUGACAAAGCCUCACCGCUUCCUUCCUGGGGAGGAGACUUGGAGAGCUCUGUCUGGAGCCUGGACCUGCAAGGGAAUCUGAUCGUGGCCGGCCGGAGUAACGGGAAGCUGGAGGUCUGGGAUGCUAUCGAGGGCACCCUCCGCAGCAGUAAUGAUGAAGGUCAAUCUGGCAUCACAGCGCUCGUCUUCCUGAACAACAGGAUCGUCGCUGCCCGGUUGAAUGGCUCGUUAGAUUUCUUCUCGCUGGACACACACACAUCCUUGAACCACCUGCAGUUCCGAGGAGCCCCAAGCAGGAGCAGCAUCCCAUCCUCACCGGUGUUCAGCAGCAGCGACAUCAUCCUCUGUCAGCUCACCCACACCGUGUCCUGUGCCCACCAGAAGCCAAUCACGGCACUGAAGGCUGCGGCAGGGCGGCUGGUCACUGGGAGCCAGGACCACACUCUGAGGGUGUUUCGGCUGGAGGACUCGUGCUGUUUGUUCACCCUGCAGGGUCACUCGGGAGCCAUCACAGCCGUGUACAUGGACCAGACGAUGGUGCUGGCGAGCGGUGGCCAGGACGGUGCCAUCUGCCUGUGGGACGUGCUGACAGGGAGCAAGGUCAGCCACAUGUAUGCCCACCGAGGGGACGUCACGUCCCUCACCUGCACCACGUCCUGCGUCAUCAGCAGCGGCUUGGACGAUGUCAUCAGCAUCUGGGACCGCAGCUCGGGAAUCAAGCUCUAUUCAAUCCAGCAGGAGAUGGGCUGUGGUGCCAGCCUGGGCGUCAUCUCCGACAACCUGCUGGUGACGGGUGGCCAGGGCUGCGUCUCCUUCUGGGACAUCGGCUACGGUGACCUGCUGCAGACUGUCUACCUGGGGAAGAGCAACGAGUCGCAGCCGGCGCGGCAGAUCCUGGUGCUGGAGAACGCUGCCAUCGUCUGCAACUUUGGGAGCGAGCUCAGCCUGGUCUAUGUGCCCUCAGUACUGGAGAAACUGGACUGAGGAGGAUGGGCCAGAGCCUGCCUGGAGGGGAGAGGUGGGCAGCUGAGGGGACAGGGACACCAGCUCCAUCGCGCUGCCCCUGCCUCUGUUGCCGUCUCACCUUGUAAACUGCUCUCCCUCCCACCGAACGGCCUGCAGGGCCUCUUUGCCCCACUCCAGCAUCUUCCAUGUGGGCUCUGCAGAUGAACAAGUCCUGGGGCCACAGAGGGGCUUGGGGAUGCUCUGGCACCCUGCUCAGAAUGGGGGUGAGGAGCAGUGAAGUGGCUCCACUGGUUUGGGGAGACUGAGCAACAGUGGCAGGUGCUGGGGAGCCUCAGUACCUGUUGCCUUGUGGUGGCUGUGCCGAGUUGGGUCCAGCUCCAUCGCAGCAGGGUCCAGCUGUUCCCAGCCCUUCAUGCAGUGGGGCGGGAGCAGGGCAGUGUUGCCAGCCAGCCCCACACGGAGAACAGCCUGGGCUAGUGGCGAGCCCCAGCAGCAGUGGGUCCUGGGUCCAACCUUGCCUGGGCACUUGGCUUGGCCUCCACGUGCCUUAGAGGCCCCAGCCUGCCCCUGCCCUAUUUAUUUAUACGCUGUAUAUAUUUAUUUAUUAUGGCAGGAGAGUGCCGGCCCUCGCUCCACCCAGCCCCUUGGGGCACUCAGCCCUCCUCCUGGUGCCCUUCCUGGCUUCUCCUUCACCCAGUUUGCAGCAAUAGCACCUUCCUCCUCCUCCUCCUCCCGCUGCGGGGCCAGAGGAGGCUUUUCUCAGGUUGGGAGCGGGCAGGCAGCCCUUUGCCCCCCUCCUGCCUGCAGGCCUGGGGGAGCGGGGCAGGCUGGCAGAGCCCUGGGGGACCCCUGCAUCCCUCCAUCACUGCAGGCCAGGAGCUCUGCGCCCCCCACAGCCGCACAA